AUGGGAGCGAAUGACUCCGCAUACGGUCUCGAAACCUACUACAACCUCUCCUACACAGUUGUCUCCCUCGUCUUCCUCUCUCCAUUCCUUGGCUACACCGCAGCCGCAGUCUUAAACGAGAGAGCACACUGCGCCGUAGGCCAACGAGGCGUAGCCUUCAUCUCAUCUCUGUGCCAUCUGAUAGCAUACAUCUUGAACUGUGUGCAUCCGCCAUACCCCGUCCUCGUUGUGUCAUUCAUAUUUGCAGGUCUAGGAAACGGCCUCGCGGACUCAGCAUGGAAUGCCUGGAUUGGGAACCUCCAUAAUCCGAAUCAAUUACUCGGUCUGCUUCAUGGGUUUUAUGGUGUAGGUGCUGUUAUCAGCCCUCUCAUUGCAUCAUUGCUUGUUGCGGAUGCUGGUUUGCCGUGGUAUUAUUUCUAUUACAUCAUGAUCGGAGGCGCUGCAAUCGAGCUUGUUGUCUGCGUUGCGUGUUUCUGGGAUUCUACAGGAGAAGCAUUCCGACUAGCCAAGAAACAGCAGCCUGGCAAACCAUCUCAGGAAGCAGGGUUGUGGAGCGUCCUAUCCACAAUGCCCUCUGCACGAAUUACUUGGACCUGUGCAAUCUUCCUACUUGGAUACGUUGGCGUCGAAGUCGCGCUAGGAGGAUGGGUUGUGACAUUCAUGAAAGAAGUGCGACAUGCCGCACCAUUUUCUAGUAGCAUGACAUCUACAGGAUUCUGGCUCGGCAUAACCGUUGGACGGGUUAUCCUUGGAUUCAUCACUCCUGUGAUUGGCGAGAAGAUUGCUAUCACGAUUUAUAUCUCCCUCGAGAUAGCAUUCUGUCUUAUCUUAUAUCUGGUUCCGAACUUCUACGCCGGCGCGGUCGCCAUAUCAAUGCAGGGUUUCUUUCUGGGUCCGUUGUUCCCGGCGGUUGUCAUUGUUACGACGAAACUAUUGCCGAAACAUUUACAUGUCAGCGCCAUUGGAUUCGCGGCAGCCUUUGGGGGUAGUGGCGCGGCGAUUCUUCCGUUCAUUGUUGGUGUGCUUGCGCAGGCUAAGGGUGUUGAGGUUUUGAUGCCAUUUACUAUAGCCCUUUCGGGAGCGAUGUUGCUUCUUUGGAACCUCCUUCCGAGAAUUCCUAAAGACAAGAGUGCAUCAGCUAAGAAUAACCCAAGCCUAAUCCUCUUCUCCAGCACACUGGGCUACGACAUCUCCCUAAUGAACAGCCUCCAAUCCCUCCCCCAAUGGCAAACCUUCAUGUCCCACCCAGCAGGAAUAAAAAUGGGCUUCAUAAACGCCCUCCAAAACAUAGCCUGCAUACUCUUCCUGCCCAUCCAGGCAUGGUCCGCCAACCGCUUCGGCCGCAAACCCACCAUUCUAACCGGGUACAUCUUCAUGAUCCUCGGUGUGGGACUUCAAUCCGCCUCCCACAAUCCCAAUACAUUCAUCUAUUCCCGCGUGCUGGUAGGCAUUGCCGGAGCCUGGUUCCAGUGCGCUGUGAUUCUCGUUACGGAAAUCGCGUAUCCGACGCAUCGCUCGCUCGUCACGGCUAUCUAUAUGUGUCAGUACUACGCUGGAUCCUCGCUAUCUGCGUGGAUUUCUUUCGCGACGAGGGAUGUGCAGAGUAACUGGGCGUGGCGCGUGCCUGUACUUAUGCAGAUUGCGUUGCCGCUUCUUGCAUUACCUGGGACACUGUGUGUGCCAGAGUCGCCGCGUUGGCUGAUUAGUCGUGGGCGUGUUGAUGAGGCGAGAGGUAUUCUGGUUAAAUUCCAUGCUGGUGGGGAUGAGGGUUCGCAGUUGGUGGGUUUUGAGAUGGAGGAGAUUAGUCAGGGUCUUGCGCUGGAACGGAAGGCUCGACGGGAAGCGCGCUGGGUUGAUUGUGUUAGGACUUCUGGGAAUCGGUAUCGGCUUUUCUUAAGUGUUUCUUUGGGUGUUUUUGCUCAGUGGAAUGGAGGUGGUGUGGUGUCAUACUACCUAACUCUUAUACUCGAUACAAUCGGUAUAACCUCGUCAACAGAUCAGACUCUCAUAAAUGGAUUUCUCCAGGUCUGGAACUUGGUGAUGAGCGUGGUGGGUGCUUGUCUAGUCGACCGCGCUGGCCGCCGUGCGUUGUUCAUUACGUCGACUGUGAUCAUGUUGAUCAGUUAUAUCUUCAUCACUGCACUAUCGGGAAGCUUCGUGACGACGGGGACCGCUGCUGUCGGAACAACUGUGAUCCCUUUCUUGUUCAUCUACUACGCCGGUUACGAUAUCGCUUUCACGCCGCUACUGCUGGCGUACCCGGCAGAGAUUUGGACGACCUCGCUGCGUGCUAAGGGUGUCGCUAUCUCCAUGAUAUCGAAUUAUAUAGCGUUGGUUUUCAAUCAGCUUAUUAACCCGAUUGCGUUUGAGAGGAUUUCUUGGAAAUAUUAUUUUGUGUUUUUAGUCAUGCUGCUUGUUAUUUUGGUUGUCGUUUGGAGGACUUAUCCUGAGACCAGGGGGAGGUCGCUUGAAGAAAUUGCUUGUAUUUUUGACGGGAAGGGGGUGCGUGCUACUUGUGCUAAAGUGACCACGGAGGGAAGCCAUAGUGAGAAAAUUGAACAUCGAGGGAUGUGA